UACAGUACAAGUGACACGUACUCAGCGGUACCGCAUGGCUUGUUGUCUAUUGCUUUCUUUCAUGAUAUCCAUUCCUGUUGCAAACGCUGCUGCAACUGUUUCGGACAGCAUACCAGACCUCAUCGACUCAUUGCAGUUCCGCAACUUCGACGUCGUGCGACGCGACCAGAACUUCACGAUCUCGACCAUUUCGUCGAUCUACAACGAAGGCUACACGUACAUGGGUCAAGGCAGUUCGUCGUUUCACAUCAACGGUCUGCCCUACUUGUUUGAAGUGAAAACGUCCGACGUCAAACCGAAUGCGAGCACAAUCGAGGUCAACACCGACUUUCCUGGCAACGAUUACUUGCACGUUCCGACAUCGCCGAGCAUGGAGAACUACAGACAGUGCGAAGCUCGCUGCGACGGAGACGAAAAGUGUUUUGCUUGGGUGUUCGACCCGAAGAGCGGAUGCUAUCUCAAGUCUGCGGUACCGCCGAGAGUAUCCAAAGAGGGUGACAUGUCGGGCUGCAAGAAAGGCGUUUUGGAUAAAAAUUGUGGCAACGCUAACCUAGACGGUUGACAAAAUCAAUUUCCAGCAUUAGGAAUGAUACAUCAAGAUCAAUAUAGAAGUGACAUACACAAACAUAGAUUCUUGUCGGAUCUGACAAAUGCUAGAGUUGGUUGGAAAAUGUCGGAUGUCCGGCUGCUAUUUCCAGGCCUGCCAUGCGUGUGAUGAGUGAAAUGGCGAUGCAGAUGACGAUUGAAUGGACAGACAGUAUGCUUCACUAAAUGUCAGCUUAUUGAGCGUUACGUUAAAACAACACACGCCAAGACUCACCAUCCAUACACUCUGGAUGUCCUCGGCGUUUUCUUUAUCGACA